UUAAAACAAAAGAAGGGCUAAACCUUCAAUCUUUUCCAUUUCAAAGUUCAGUCGGUUUGUGUAUAAUCUCUUUCCAUGUGAGUUGGGUGGUGGUUAGAGUGCAGUGCAGCUUCUUCCCUCUUUCAUCUCCUCGCUCCCUCCCUCAACCCCCUUUCUCUCUCUCCUUCAUUGCAAGUCUCGUACAGAUUCGAAUCAGAAUUACUACUAUUGGGCUCAAUAUACUUGUUGCACCAUGGUCGGUGAAUCAUGGUUCAAUGGUCUGUGGAAGCCUUCAAGAAAACAUGACAACGGUCUAGAAAAGGUGCGAAUUGGAGUGCUGGUAUUUGAAGUAGCAAGUGUGAUGUCUAAAUUAGUCCACCAGUGGAAUUCACUAACUGACAAGCAAAUCACAAAGUUAAGGGAAGAAAUAAGCAACUCAACGGGUAUUAAAAAGCUCAUUUCAGAUGAUGACGAUUAUAUAGUUGAUUUAAUAUGCGCCGAAAUGCUACACAAUUUGGACAACGUGUCAAAAGUUGUCACGAGGCUUUCAAAGAAAUGUAGAGAUCCUGUUCUAAAAUCCUUCGAACGCGCAUACGAUGAUCUGGUUAAAUUUGGUGUUGAUCAGUACGAAUGGCAGUUUACGUGGAAGAAAAUGAUCAAGAAAGUGAAAAAGAUGGAAAAUUUCAUUGUGGUUAACGCAAAUUUGUAUCAAGCAAUUGAAAAUCUUACAGAACUUGAGCAAAUUUUAAAGAGAAUCAAGAGCAAUGAUGAUCAGGAUACCAUAACCGUUGUUGAUUAUACAAAGAAAAUGGCGUGGAAACAGCAUGAGGUGAAACGGUUGAAAGAGAUUUCAUUACGGAACAAGAGUUAUGAUUAUGUGGUUCUUAUUUUAGCAAGAUCUAUAUUCACUAUCUUUGCUAGAAUUGGUCAAGUUUUCGGAAGCACACAUGUGUUACCUCCAAAGAUUCAAGAAUCUACAUUACUAGAUUCCGGGUUGCUUCAAGAAAAUUACCCGGUUCAGAAUAGAAUUACAAGAUUCUCCUCGGGCCCGUUGGGGAACAUUGGUACUAAAUCUGGCCCGAUUUCAAGAACGCAUAACGUGAAGAAAUACUAUUCAGGCCCACUUGGUAAUUCGAUCACUGUUUCUAGCUCUAAAAGUAGAAAUAUGAAUUAUUUUUCAGGACCCAUUGGGAAAUUAACGUCCAAGUCGGGACCUUUAGCCCGAGCCGCUAAAACCGGGCUCAAAUGGUGGCACACCCGCGAUAAUUCAUCAAAAAUCCGCGAGAAAAAGACUGUUUCACCCAACCAGUUGUCUACCAGUGGACCUUUUAAAGGAUGCAUGAUGGGCGGAAAUGGUUCUCCAUCAAAGAGCCCAGAUGCUGCCUCUUGUGCCACCAGGUUUCGGGUCAAAGAAACCCACGGGUCGAAACCGAGCCGGUUCGAUCCACCUCCGGAAACACUGGGGGCAGUUGCAUUAGCCCUUCAUUAUGCUAAUUUGAUUGUGGUUCUUGAAAAGCUAGUAGCAUCGCCCCAUCUGAUUGGUCAAGAUGCACGAGAAGAUUUAUACAACAUGCUGCCUAAAAAUGUGAAAAACGCUCUUCGGGUUAGAUUAAAACCGUAUGCUAAAAGCUUAGAAAUGGCGGUUUUUGAUUCGGAUUUAGCAGAGGAAUGGAGUGAAGCAAUGCUGGGAAUUUUAGACUGGCUAUCUCCACUUGCUCAUAAUAUGAUAAGAUGGCAAUCAGAAAGAAGCUUUGAGCAUCAAUACAUGGUUUCUAGAACAAAUGUUCUUCUUGUACAGACCAUCUACUAUGCAAAUCAAGAAAAAACCGAGGCGACGAUUGCUGAACUUCUUGUCGGUUUAAACUACAUUUGGAGGUUUAGUAGAGAAGUUAAUGCAAAAGCUUUGUUGGAGUGUGAACAUGGUGUUGAUGAUUUUGUAAACAUGGUUUAGGUUAGUAGUGGUUUCAGAACACCUUUUGAUGGUUAGAUGAAUGAUGACCAUAAAACUUUUGGCAUAUGUUAGAUUUUGAUUAAAUGUGGAAAUUUGUAAUGAUUUUAAGGUUUUUAUGAUCAUUAAAUCUAAUUAUAUGUGA